AUGUCGGACAACAGACCCCCCGAUGCAGUCGACCGCGAAAUCGCCUUGCAUCAAGCCAAAAUCCAGCAAUUACAGCAUCAACGAGAAAUCCAGCGCCAGCAACAAGCAGCGCAAGAGGCCGCAGCAGCGCAAGCAGCGCGACAAGCGGCCCAGCAAUCCUAUCAGCAAUCCCAUCAGCAACCCGCCCAUCUUGACACCUACAUGCAGGAAUGGGUCAGGGAAGCUGCGUCCAAAGGACUGAAGCCGCCACCACGUCGGAUGGUGGAUGUAUGCGCGCCGGACAAGAAGAUCGUGCGCCUCGGAAAUACAAAUAAAUUCUACUUCGAAGACAUCGACUUCUUCGAAGACAUCGAACCAGGUCUGGCCCAGCCUCAGGCCUCACCAGCAAUCCCCAGCCAGACGCUGGUUCCAAAAUCUCAGCAAACGCUCAGUUCUGCUGCAUCGACCGCGCAUACGCAGCUGGCUCUCCGUCCUGCUCCUGCCGUUGCCGCUGGGUUCCCUUCAAAUCCCACCCAAUCUGACCGCAAGAGCAAAUUGGCCUCCCUUGGCCCCUUGAGCAAUGCCGAGCCCGCACGUGACGAGAGGCUCGUGGCCAUGGGCAGGGGCUUCGCUGCCAGCCGCCAGUCUCAGCAAUCUACCGACCCGCUGCCCGGCGGUACCGCCGCCGCGCCGGCACCCUCGGCACAGCAAUUUCAAGAUGCUAGGCGUUAUGGCGAAGGCAAGCCAACGAACUUCCCGGCCAAUACAAAUCAGUCCCUGCAGGCUCAGCAAUCUCAGCAAUCUACACCAGCCAAGGCCUUUGUUUGGGACGCCAGGUACAGCAAGGGCAUCGAUUCCGCUGCCCUGGAGUUCAAGGAGCAUGAUAAGAAUCAAGAUGUCAAAGCUUGCUUGGUUUCUUGUCUUUGGUCGGUGGUCGCAUGA